AUGCCCAUCAACGUCUUCAGGAAACUAUAUGCUGCUUAUUCCAGCUUCUAUCAGACGAUUAAGCUGAUGUUCGUUGCAUGUAUCAUGAUCUCCUAUCCACUACAGUUUUACGUGCCGAUGGAGCGAGUUGAGAAAUGGAUCACGCGAAAAAUCCCUGUGCAUAAGCAGUCACUUUACAUCUACACCACCAGAUACAUGGGCGUUCUUCUGACUUGCGCUGUGGCUGAGCUGAUCCCGCAUCUUGCGCUAUUCAUCUCAUUAAUUGGUGCCUUCUCUGGAGCCUCGAUGGCACUUCUUUUCCCUCCAUGCAUAGAGUUGUUGACACGCUACGCUAAAGGACAACUUAGCUCAUCGAUUUGGGCCAAAAAUAUAUUUCUUCUUUGCUUCGCUCUGCUUGGAUUCACUACAGGAACAUAUGCAGCAUUAUCGGAGAUACUCAAGAAAUUCUAA